UUUUGGGAAUUGUGCGCCGCCGGGAACGCAGUUUCUGGAACGUAGACGAAUAGUGCAUAUUCUGCUUGAAGUAUUUUUGGUAUGAGUUUAAGAGCACUGAGAGAUUUGUUUUCGAAGAGGAACAAAAUUAAGCAUUCCAUAUAAAACUUGCAUAUGGGACUGUGCCAAGAGUGCAUUUUCUGGCACAAAAAGGACAACCCAGCAUGCCCAGAACGGAGGUGGCCGAUCAUCUGUUCUUGUUAAAUUAAGACCAGAGACACCCACCAACCAUUUGACUGGGAUACUUGGCUCCAGCCAAUACAUGCACCACUGCGCGAGAAAAACAAGAUGAGCGUGCCAUAAAAUGAAAAGUAGCUCUUCCAAUGCUGCUGUACCUUCAAAUGUUGUUAUUUUUUCCUGUAUCCUCACCAAGCAUCUUUUUUUGGGAACGGGCUUGCAACCCUUUGAGAAAGCCUCGCUGGCUGGAGAGGAGGCCGGCGCAGCCUCCCCUUCCCACUGCUCCCCGGAGGCUCGGGCUGGCUGGCAGGCUGUGCCGGCGACUGCGGCAGCAGGGCUGCCCGCUCUGAACGGCCCGGACCACAGUGCCUGGCCACGUUAAUGGGCAACCUGUCCGCCAGGGAGGGGGGCCCUGCGCGGCCCCCCCCGCUCUGCCCACCGCCGCGCACUUCCCGGGGUGGUGACAGCUCUGCAUGGAUCAACAACAGACGUGGUGAUGUCUGCGUUUGAUAUGCUGUGUCUCAUGAACCCGAAACACUGGAGUCCUUUGAAGAUUAUGUAAAAAUAAAGCUGCAGAUACUCUUCAAAGAGAGUGAUAAUGGGACCAGGCAUUCAAGAAUAUCCUUUAUUACUGCACAGAGAGGCACAGAAAAGGGAAAGCCAAAUCAGUGAAAACCACACAGGAAUGGUAAAUUACAGUGGUGGAAAAAGCCAUCUGAGUACUAAAGGACUAAAGAAACAACUAUCUCAUGUAAGAUCUUCUGGAAGAUUAGGCAAAAAUACAUCAAAUGCCACUGAAAAGACUUCCUAUGACACUCAAGAUGAUAACCAACCAAGUGUUUUUUACAAGGAAAGAAACCAUCUGGAUGACAAUAUUCAGCCAAGCAGAAUGAUGAGUGUUUGCACAUCAUUGCACAGAGUACGAGGACCAAAGAGGAGUGUCCCAGAAAGAAAGCAAAGUGAAUCUGUACUGCACAGGAUCCCUCCUAGCAUUAAGGGCAGCUCACAAGGUAGCUUCAGUAGGGCAAAAGAUGUCCCGAUGCAACAUUUUUAUUGCAAUAAAAAAGAACAGUUGGAAAACACUCAUAAAGAACAUGUUGCUGAAGCUAGUCCAUGCUCUUCUAAAUGGCAAGAAGCAUCUCUAGAUGAGAUGCUUCUUGAUUUUGAAUCGGUACGAAUUAUUAAAGAAGAUGCUGAAGAUGAUAGUGCCAGUGACCUUUCUGAUUCAGAAAGGAUUCCCAUUCCCCCAUCUCCCUGCACACCACCAGAACUCAUUCUCAGAGCUGAAGAAAUAGAUCCAGUCUGUUUGGAGCAUGUCCUUGAUACAGGGUUUAAAGAAUCAGAAUAUUAUUACCCAGACUUCCUCCCACCCCCUUUCAACUCCUGGGAUUUGAAGCAGCUGUCCAUCUUUGUUAAUGUAGAGGGUAAAUCUGAAUUUCGACCCAAGCCAGCAGGAUUUCUUGAGAAAUACAUUGAUCGUCUUGUGCAGCUGGAAUGGCUGCAAAUGCAGACUGUACAGAAUGAGAAAGGAAAGGCAGCAAAAGCCAGACCUCAGACUGCUCCCAGCUCCAUCCGUCCCCUAAAAAGCCCCGGCAAAGGCAAAGCAUUGCACAGCCCUUUGCCUAACAAGCAAGCAAUUCCCCAAGAAAGCAUUACAAAGCUCCCCACAAACUAUUCAGGUCACAGGAGAGACUCAUACUGUGAAGAAAACUGCCAAUUACAUUCACAUCCAGGUCACUUGAAAGUUUCUGAGAGACUGGGAUGUACACUUUCAUCUGAGAGACAAUCUGGUGAAGUAAGGAGUGAGUUGAGAAAGAGACCAACUGCAAAGCAACAGCUUCUCAAUAUGCAGCUCUCUGAGAACAGUUCUAACAUUCAAGGCAUUGGUAACAUCAGACCCCCUAAGCACACCCCUGUAUUCCAUAGUGCAGCUGCUUCCAUGAAAGGCUUAAAAACAUAUGCAUGUACAAAUCCAAAGAAAAAUGGCAAUGCUAGUAAUAAUGUUCCUUCCAAAAAAACAACAGGCGACAGGAAAAUGAAAACAAAUGGCACGAAGCAAACAUCACAUAGAUUUAAAUGAAAAAAAAUCAUUAGUAAAUGUUGAUGCUUCUUGACUGCUAGAAAGCAUUUGGCCAUGUAGAAGGGUCAUGUUUUCUUCAUAGGAAGAUCUUGAGGAAAAUAUGUUCUUGAUGUGUUGUUCUAAAUCAGCACUAUUCAAUUCAACAUAUUUGAUCAUAAACCAGCAAGGCCAUCAGGAAUCUUUUCCUUGAAGGCAAAUGUCUUCCAUUGGUCUUUCCUCAAAAAUAUUUAUGAUUGCUAAAUGAAGAUAACACUAGCUAAAUAAGCAAGUUUACAGAAAUAUUUAAUUAUAAAAUUUCCUAUUAGCACCACUGUAACUCUGUUGAAGUUUGUGGUGUUUCUUCUGCUUACCUUGGUGUAUUUGAGAGGAGAACAAGACCUAUGCUCUUUUUCUUGAGCAAAUGUGCUAUUUUGUGAGAUGGGUUUGAUAGUGGGUUUUUUUUUUCUGAUGGAAAAGGGCUGAACUGUUUUUAUAAAAUAAUGGAACAGGCCAGGCUUACCUAUGCAAAGUUACUCUCUCUAAUUCUUGAUAGAAGAUAAUGAAUUGGAUUUUUUUUAGAUAGGAAGAAGAAUGGAGAGAAUGUUUUGAAAUGUUUUAAUGCACAGAGCUUUCUAUUAAAGAAAAUUAUUAGGGAAUAGAUAGCUUCAGUAGUGAAAGAUUAAGAACACAGAAUGCAUAUUUUUGUAUCCAGAAACCUUCACUGUGUUUACAAACAGCUUUCCAUCAGUUCAUUUUGUAAGUCUUGAUGCUUAUUUUCGUUUAGACCAAAUAAUUAAAUUCCUGGUUGUUGUUAUGAAGGUCCCAGUCUUGAAAGUUCUUCUAUAUUUUCAGCUCAUAGUGAUGGCAAUGCAAGUUGAAGUGCACUUUAUUUUCCUUGACCGCUCUGCACCCAAUUCUGCUAGUAUUUGGUAUGUGCUUUCUCAACUGCAUGUGUAUAUGCUUGCUGUGAAAUGACAUCUUGAUCUCGUCAAAAUCGAGUCACAGUCUCUUACAAGCUACAUCAAGAGAGUCAAUGAAUACUUCACAUUUUCUUCAUGUUUGGGAAGCAAACUGAGUUCAUUAGAGUAGUUUGACCAUUUCUCAAGACAAGGUACGCAUAAAAUUUACACUAAUUCAGAUUCUAAGGUUCCCAUUUUAGUUGGAUUCUUUGCUUCAGAAAGAGGAAUGUGAAUGUUACAGAAGUGAACUAACAGCUGAUCACCUAGGCAAUAUGUGCAAUAUGUCCUGUUCUUGGACUCUCUGUCUGUUCUUCUGCCUGUGAGUUACAAGAAAUAUGAAAGAUAGUUGAGUGAGUACUGUGAAUUCAAGCGGCAGUUUGUCUGCUACAAUUUCUAUUCAAUUACAGCAGCUAGGGACAUGAUCCUAUUAAAAUAAAGAAGAAAUGCUAGAGAAUGUUUUGCACUCUUCAUUUUUUAAAUGAAAUAUUUAUUGAGCAGCAUUAACUUCAUUCUCAGCCACCUGUCACAGUGAACUAUUUAUGAGAAGUGAGCUGAGGUCUGACAGACCAGACUUUUCAAGUGGAUCCUUCCCAUUGUGUUGUAAAAUGAAAAAAUAGCAAAUAUUAAAUUAUGUAUAUAGUUAAAUUGCACUUUUAUUGGUUGAUCUCAUCUUGGUUGUAAGAUGCUUAGCUGUUUCUGUUUUUUUGUUGUGCCUACCUGAUCUUCAGCUUUGUAAAAUUUCAAAGCAUGGAUUUAAUGUAAUUUAAAAUGUGAUAAUAAAUGUAGUAAUAAACUAGAGUAUUUUACAUCAUAAAAAACAGUGCUCAGGAAUAGUUUAAGAAAUAUUUUUAGUUGCUUUUUCAAGACCAAAUGUGAAAUUUUAAAUUGAUAAAGGAAAGAAAUUUAAUAUACAGUAUUAUAUUUACAUAUUCAGUGUUUGUUACAUUACAGUUAAAAACUAAUUGUAGUUGCAUGUACAUUCUGUUCUAUGCAAUUAAAGUGAAGCUUAAUCUGACAUGCUCAAUGAUCAAAUAAAUUGGCUGUGUCAGAGGUGUGGUGACACUAAAGAGGACGACAUUCAGUUACCAGCAACUGCAGAGCAGUAGCACGUGCUUCUGUUCACUUGUUUCAGACUCAUCAUGUAGGUCAGCUUUUUUGGAUCAAAGGGUCCUGCAUCCAAUGCUUGAAUUUCAAGAUUUGCCCAACUCUUGCAAGCUUUCAUUACGCAAGUUUUCCUGGUUCAGUAGUGGAAGUUUGAACUGUUGUUGCUAAUAAGCACAAUUAUUAGUGCCCUAUUUUGGUGCACUAUUACAAGCAAAAGCAAAGUGAACAGGAUCCAGUCCAUAAUCAACACGGCAAGUUUUUCUAAACAAAUUUAGUAGAAGUAGUAAUUAAUUAGCAUGUUGUUAUAUCAUUGAAUAUUAGUGUAUACUGAAUUUUCUUCUGAAAAUUUGCUCCAUAUUGGCGUUUCCCUAAGUUACAAGGAAAGCCUGCAGAUGCACAUUUUGCAUGGUCAGUUCUUAAAAAAUAAGUAGUGUUUCAGACUGCCUUGAACAGAGCAAAGGUGAUUGGCACUGAGAGGUUUUUCUCACAAAUCUAUGGGAUUGGAAAGUUUUAUUUUGUACUGCUUGUGGUCUGAAGGACAUGAAUCUGUUCUUGGGGACUGAAAAGUUAAGUAGGCAAAGAUGUUGAUGCUACUUAAAUAAAUCUGAACAGUUGUUAAACAUCGAGCUCUGAUCUGGUAAGUUUGUCUUGCCUGGUAAUCACACCAGUCUAAUUUCUGUUCAUUGACGAUUUGGUACUUCUUACACAGUCCCCUCUAUUUCUAUACGGAAAUACAAAGUCUAUGUUAGCCUUAAUAAACAGCUCUUGCAAUAAGCAGGCUCACAAGGGUUGGAUUUUAUCCUGCAGCGCUUUUGGUUCUAUUCUAAGUUGUCCAUGUCCUGGGUUUAUAGAUGAAAAGAGUUCCUUUUAUGAUGAGGACUAAGGUUAACUUUUCCUUCAUUUUGUAUUCAUGGAUGUUGUCUUUAAAAACACCUUUGAAUAUAGCAGAAAAGUUUAUUACAUCAAGUACAUUCUGUUUGGAAUUAAAAUACUUCCACAGGACAA